GCCGCCAUUGUGGGGCCGCCAUUGCUCCGCCCUCCUGAAGUAGGCGGUGCGCAUGCGCGGCGGGCAGAGGCGUGUCGGCCAUGGCGGGCAGGGUGCUGUUCCGGCGCGGAGCCGGGCAGAGUGACGACUCCGACAUGUGGGACGACACAGCCCUCAUCAAGGCGUACGACAAGGCGGUGGCCUCCUUCAAGAACGCCUUAAAGAACGGGGACUGCUCGGAGCAUGCAGACAAACAGGAGCCGUGGCCGGGGAUGAAGAGGAAAAACAGCAAGAAGAACAGGAACAGAAACAAGAGCAGCGCCGUGCCGCUGAAACAGUGGAAAGUUGGUGACAGCUGUAAUGCUGUUUGGUCUGAGGAUGGUAAUGUCUACCCAGCGACUAUUGCCUCCGUAAACUUGAAGAGGGGUACAUGUGUUGUUACUUACACUGGAUAUGGAAACAAGGAGGAACAGAACCUGUCUGAUCUGCUUCCUCCAGCUGGCGAUGGAACAAAUGAGAAUGAGACUCCAUGUUCAACAGAUGAGAGUGAAAAAUCUUCCCAUUCGCAUCAAAAUGAAAAUAACUGCACAAAAACAAGAUUCUCUCCUAAGAACUCACGGUUUCCUGUGCCACCUCCAGGCCUGGGAAGGCAUGGAUCAAAGUUCAGAAUGCUUCCACCGUUCUUAUCUUGCUGGCCGCCCCCCCUUCCAGCAGGACCACCGUUGAUUCCUCCCCCACCACCUAUGGGGCCAGAUUCUCCUGAGGAUGAUGAAGCGUUGGGGAGCAUGUUGAUAGCUUGGUAUAUGAGUGGUUAUCACACUGGAUAUUACCUGGGGUUAAAACAGAGUCGAAUGGAAGCGGCCAUGGAGAGAGAAGCCUAUCUAAAAUAACUGAAUCACCAUCACUCUUUGGAAGGACUGCAGGUGCAGAUGUUUGUCACUGGGAGAUGGUCAUCACUUGUGCACCCGGUGAUGGUGAAGAUGAGAAUCUGUGCAAAGGGGAUAAAUCUUUGUUUUCAUAACAGUGAGCUGCCCAUGGUAACAAGUAGACAAAUUACCCAAGACAAGUAACUGUAGGUGCUCUUUUUUGAAGACAUCUUGGCAUAUGCGUUUAGAAAGAACUGCUGCAAUAAAAUGUUUUCUUACUUUCUUGAAACGAAGUAAUAGAUCCAUCAAGUUUGGGUUUUGGGGUGUUUAUUUUUGUUGUUGUUAUCCUUUAUUAAUGUUGUAUUCCUUUGACUUUUUGUCUGACCGAUAACACCUGCACUAGCGAUUGCAGCAUACUAUGUUAGGACACGUUUAUGACAGCAUUUUGUCUUACUAGUUUAUGAUGGCAAUGACAGUGUGCCUCCAAGUUUAAGAGGACUUGUCUUGUUCCAUGGCUCUGCUCAGAAUGCUGUGAAUGGCAGCUGGAGAGGCUCAUUUUCUGUUCAACAUGCCUGUUAAAUAAAGUUCUGCUCUUUGAACUUUUA